ACCGACGCUGGUCGUCCUGCGAAAAGAGUUGCCGAGAAUAACAACAACCCUCCCUGCCUUGUGCCACACAGAUCGGAUCCCGGUCAGCACCCCCACCCCCAAGCCACCCCGCCUCACAGCGCCAGCACGGGGCGCAUCCGCAUCAACCAGCCGGCCAGCAUACCGCACCACCAUCAUGGGGGCCAACUUCAACCCCGACGAUAUUUAUCAGUUGAUCAGGGACCGCCGCCUCCUAGCCGACCCAUAUAGCCAAGUGCCGGUUGAAAACGACGGCGAUGAGCCCCACUGGCUGCCGCCACUGACAACGGGUGAUCUGCUGGAAGACGCCGACGAAUCCCAAGACGGCACCGACUCUGCGCGGUCCAACGGCGCUCAGUCCGACUACACCACCGCGUCGACUGUCACCUCCGAGACGUCCACAAUGCGGUCCACCGCUUCUCGCUCUGACUUCAGUGGUCGAUACGGCCAUCGGAAUACGACACAUAUCACGACGCCCACAGAAUAUCCGCACAACCCUUUGCCGUCGUUUGAGCAACAAUUCCAAGCCCCCAGCGCCGCCCCGGCGCGUCCUGAUCAAAUCCUCUGGUGCGAGUUUUCCGGGCUCCUGAACUGCACUGCGACGUUCCGCCUUGACGAGGAACGCGAGUGGAUCCAGCAUCACGUCGACGACCACCUGGGCAACCGCUUCCCGCAGACGCUCAUGUGCUGGUUCUGCGAUUACGUCCCCUUCGUCGCCCAAGAUCCCAGCAACGUUUUCGCCAACUUUGUGGACCGCAUGCAGCAUGUAAGAGACCAUAUCCUCCGUGAUUACUAUGCGAGUGCAAACACGCGGCGCGAUCUCCACCUUGCCCAGCACUUGCACGAGCACGGUACCCUGGACGACAGGAAGUUCGAGGUCGCCAUGCAGUACGAGGAAUUGCCCGACGUUUACCGCCUCACCGGCGAUCAUUCGUUCCCGACGUCGUCAUCGUCGUAUCAGCAGCCACUUGGCCAGGAUGGAGUGGUCGGAUACCACGAUCUGAGAAAAGAAGAACGCGAGCGGCGGCGCAAGCCAAGGGAAGCACAAAAGUCCAGCCGCAGACGAUAAGAAGAUGGGGGGGAACAAGCCGCGAACACACUUGAUUUGGCAG